AUGUCCUUCGACUCCCCCCUCCCACCCUACAACUCCUCCGAUCCCAGCGCCACAUUCCUAAACGCAUCAUGUUGGGACCUGCUCAUGAUCGAGAUCGUACCUAUGGCCUAUCGACUCACCUCUUCCUCUUCCUCUUCCUCUCCCUCUCCCCGUCCCUCCUCUCUCCCUCCACCAUCCUCCACCACCUCGCACCCCGCCCCCAACCCUCCCCACGAGGUCGAAAUCGACGAAGAAGAAACGCGCGACGCAGUAUUCUACCGGCUCGACAUGCUAGGGUAUCGCGUGGGCCAGGGGCUCGUGGAGAGGUUCUCGAAGGAUCGACCGCGGUUCACGGAUACGCUGGAUGUGAUUAAGUUUUUGUGUAAGGAGGUGUGGAUGUUGGUUUUUCGGAAACAUGUGGAUAAUUUGAAGACGAAUCAUAGGGGCGUCUACGUAUUAACAGAUAACUCCUUCCGACCCUUCGCACGCAUGAGUACAGAAGCCGGUGGUCAAGCCGUGUUGCGCGCUCAACCCUUCCUCUGGUUCCCAUGCGGUAUAAUCAGAGGCGCCCUCGCGAGCAUGGGUAUCAAUGCCACGGUGCAGGCCGAGACGGCCGAGCUGCCGGGCGCGACGUUCCAGAUUAAGAGUGUGGUUGUGAAGCCGUGA